AUGUCCGCACCGACCAGUGUUACAUUUCCCUCCUUCGCCCUCACCAUCAGCGGCGACCUCUACGCCCCCACCGCUGGCUCUCCUGAUCGCAAAGGUGCCGCCGUCGUGGUCAGCCAUCCCAUGACGGGUGUGAAAGAACAAACCUCCACCGACUACGCUAAAGCUCUAGCCAAUGCCGGUUUCUACGCCCUCGCCUUUGACGCCGGCUACCAAGGUCAGAGCACUGGUGAACCCCGCGGGCUGGAAGACCCCCACCAGCGCGUGGAAGACAUCAAAGCGGCCGUCACAUACCUCACCACGCUGAAGGGGAAGGUUGACCCGGAGCGAAUUGGUGUUGUUGGGAUUUGUGCUUCGGGUGGUUAUACAUCGUAUGCGGCGCAAUCCGACUCUCGCAUCAAGGCGCUGGCUACCGUUAGUGCUGCCUGUGUCGGUCGCAUGACUCGCAACGGAGGCGUGCAUGAGCAUCUCAAGGAGAACCCAGAUGCAAUCGCCGGUGCUCUGAAGUUUGCCGGUCAAUGGAGGAAUACCCAGUCCAAUACGCCUCACGUAGACGUACCUGCCAUGUUCCCAACUGAUCCUUCGAAACUCCCUGCCGAUGCAGACCCAUUCUUCAAAGACGCCGGUGCGUACUACGGUACAAAGCGAGGACACCACGACCGCUCAGACCAAAAGGUUCCUGUCUCCAGCUACGACCUCAUGGUCAGCUAUGAUUCGUUCAACUUUCAGCAUCUCAUCUCGCCCCGGCCGCUGCUUAUGAUUGUGGGAAGUGAAGCACAGACGCUGCAUUACAGUCGUACGGCUGUUGAAGCCGCGAAGGAGCCCAAGGAGCUGUUUACAGUGCAGGGCAAGAACCAUUUCGAUCUUUACGAUGAUCUGACAGAAUCAGGACCUAAGCUGGUGGAGUAUUUUGGAAGAUAUCUUCAGUAG